AUGGCGACCCAAGAGCCAAAGAAGACCUCUAUUCCGGAAGACAUCCAGAUAGAAACCACUGGCGAUCUAGAGGCCGUGGAUGUUUCCGGAGAGAAGGUUGAGAACGGCGGGCGUGACUGGACUGACAAGGAGGAAAAGGUCCUCGUCCGUCGGAUCGACUGGCGUCUGCUCCCUAUGCUAUGCAUAGUGCUAGGGCUCUCGCUGAUAGACCGUACCAAUAUCUCUUCUGCCUAUGUAAUUGGCAUGGGUGAUGAUCUGCAAAUGAAGAAAAUGAUGCCCGGUGCCGUUUUCAUUCUAUCCUCUUGGUAUACGAAGUUUGAGAUGGCCCGGAAAAUAACCAUCUAUAUCAUGGUAGCCAUGAUCGGAAAUGCAUUUGGGGGGAUUCUUGCGUAUGCCUUCUCUCGCAUCAGUGUCGGCGACGGUAUUUUCUCUCGUGGCUGGAGAUGGAUUUACAUUAUUGAAGGCAUUUUGACGGUUGUUGGGGGAGCGGCGGCCUUCUUCUUGCUAGGGGACUUCCCCGAGAAAUCGAAGUGGCUCACCACCCGUCAGCGCCAUAUUGCAAGCAAGCGCCUCAAACUUGACGGUGAUCAUGGCGAAUAUCGCCAUGUCACCGGAAGCGAGGCAUGGCAUUAUAUAUUGGACUGGAAACUCCUCGUAUACUCACUUCUUUACAUGAUGAGCAACUCGAGCAUCUACUCCGUGGCAUUCUUCUCGCCCAUCAUUAUAUCUGAUGGCAUGGGCUUCGACUAUUCAACCACUCUGCUGUUGACAUCGCCUCCUUGGGCAUUCUGCAUCAUCAUGUCCAUUGCGGGAGCUUAUCUGUCUGACAAGUAUCGACUACGAUGGCCUCCUGCAACCCUCACGUACGCCACAAACAACACACCCAACCUCAAUAAGCGUGGCGUAACCACUGCGGUCAUUAUCUCAGCCGGUGCUAUUGGAGGUGUCUUGGGUGGUACUAUCUUCCGGUCCCAGGAUGCCCCAAUGUACUUGCCAGGCAUGUGGGCGACGAUUGCCAUGCAAAUGGCAAAUAUCUGUCUGAUUACUUUCAUGACGUUUUACUUCAAGCAUAUGAACAAGCUCGCCGACGAGGGGCGCGUUUCCACUCUUGAGGGUCCCGACCAAUGGGGAGACUUGUUGCCGGAUCUCUACUGGAACCAAACCACCGUAGCUAUUAUGGCAGCGAGAACUCCGGCUCUUCCAGUACUCGACCUAUUCCGUCUUGACGGAAAGAAUGCCGUAAUCACCGGCGCAAACAGUGGCAUUGGCAGCUGCAUGGCCAUCGCGCUUGCCGAAGCGGGUGCAAACAUCAUAAUCAUUCAGAUUCCCAACGACCCGGAGACAAUCACAAAGGACGCACUCGCCAAGCUGCCAGUAGAGACGAGCGUCUACGACUGCGACUUGACGGAGGUGGACUCUAUUCGGAAAACCGUAGCAGAAAUUGCUGAAAGAGAUAGCCGGACCAUCGACAUUCUUGUCAACUGUGCCGGUGUCAGCGGCCACAGGCCCGCGCUGGAAGUGGACGAUGAAUUCCGCGAACGCAUCUUCAAGGUCGACAUGACUGCCACCUAUGUCAUGACACAGGAGGUAGGGCGGCGCAUGAUCGCCCGCGGUAAAGGUGGCAAGAUCCUGAACGUCUCGUCGCUGGCAGCACUCCGGGCAUUUAAGAACAUUUCGGCCUAUGCUGGUGCGAAGGGUGCCGUGAACCAGUUUACCUCUGCUUUUGCGAACGAGUGGGCUCAACAUAACAUACAGGUUAACUGCUUGUGUCCGAGGUAUGUCUAA